AUGCAGUCCCUCAAUGCAGAUGAUAUAGUGAAGACUGCAAAAAAGGCGCUUUUGUCAUAUUCGGUUUCGAUCCAGAAUUAUACACUCGAAGACUGUCAGAUUGCCUAUCAUGCUACUACUAAUUCACUCAUGCAGACGAUCCGAUUCGUUCACAUCUUCUUCUGUUUCAUUGGUGUCGCCUCGUCCUCACUGUUCAUCUUCGUCCUCAUUUCACGUUCCUCUCAAAAUCUUCAUGUGAAUCUUCGUCUUUCACUUGCAAGCCUCAGUUUCGCUGCAUGGAUCGCCUGCACACAACUUCUACUUAUCGCUGUAUACAGUCUAAUGAAGACUCUAUCGGAGGAUAACCCGUGCAAUUCACUCUACGAAGCGAAAUCAUGUGCUAUUGCCAGGUUCCCUGUGGUAUUGUCGAUUUACGCAACACUAUGCGGAAUUCUUAUCUUAGCUGUUGAACGUACAAUCGCCACCCUAAAAUACAAAACUUACGAGGUUCACGGAUCAAGAAUUGUAGCCAUCAUUCUGAUUGGAGCACAGGUUUGUAUGUUCGCGGUGCUGUCCGUGCUCAUUCGUUCUGAUCCCGGUUACGUGCACUAUUGUACCGUUUAUGUUUCACAUCCGAGGACGGCGGUGUUCUCGUUAUGUGUGAUGUCAGCAAUGGAAGCCGUUGCAUUAGUCUAUUUCGUCCUUCUCUUACAUUCAAAUCAACGUCGACAAGUGAACGAAUUUGUCAAUAACGCCAUGCACACGUUAACUGAACGAUAUCAACUGCAGGAGAACGUACGGAUAAUGCGAAUUUUAAUUCCAUCUGUAACAGUCCAUGCUGUUCUUGGGAUGAUUGGUUUGGUUUCGCUGUCUGCCGAAGAGCGUAUGGUUGUUCGAUUCGCUCCGUUUUCCGAAUUAGUUUUACUGGUUGUGCCAGUAUAUGCUGUUGUUUUCCCGUUUGUAGCCAUAGUAAGAAAUAAACAGUUAUGGCAAGCAUCAAGACGCGCAUUACCAUGUUUCUUCAAUGACCGACCUGCUCCACCGUCAGAAGAUCGCCUGAUUCCCGAUCAUACAGUGAUCGUGUCACGGCCAAGUAAACAGAUGGAACGGGAUUCUGAUACUCAUUUUGAUAUGUUGCAAGAAAUGUGGAAGAAAUAG